CCCUCCAACGCAAUAUCAAAUCUGCAACGACGUCAAUGCUACCAACUACCACCACCACCACAAUUUCUUGUCACCGCAUACUCACUCCCUUACCACCCUCCUCACCAAACACCCCUGACCCUUGAGUGGUCAAUAUCUCCAUAGUCAUGUUCAAGAAGGACCUCCCACCCGGCGCGAAAUCAAAAGUCAAAUCCUCCGUGCAACGCGCCAUCCGGAGUAAAAUCCUCGAGCAAUACCCCGACCUCACCCCCCACAUCGACGACCUGAUCCCCAAAAAAUCCCAACUCGACCAUGUCAAACUCCCCGACCGGGUCUCCCUGUACUCGCUCGACAAUUCCCCGCUCUUCUACCAACACAUGGACGACCCUAUCAUCCCACACCUGAAAGUCGUGCAUCAAUAUCCCCAUGCGUUUAAAACAAUCAAGAUCGAUAGAGGAGCAAUCCGAUUUGUUUUAUCCGGUGCGGCGCUCAUGGUGCCGGGGUUGACGAGUAAAGGAGGUUGGUUACCCGGGGAUGGGGAUGAGGAUGAGGAUGGGGAGGGUUACAAGAAGGGUGAGGUGGUGGCGAUUGCGGCGGAAGGAAAAAAUGAAAUUUGUAUGAUUGGGGAACUGGAUAUGGGGACAAAGGAGAUGAAGGAGAAGAAAAAGGGCGUCGCGAUUAGUGCCGGUCAUUAUUUGGGAGAUGGGUUGUGGAAGUUGGAUCUUAAUUGAUCGAUCGAUCGAUCGAUCGGAUCAUACUGGACUCUACUCGAUGACUGUGUGUGUGUGCGUCUCCGGAGGCUGACAGAACUUCAAGGAAGGAUGGAUGGACAUCGCAGCAAUGAUGAUGUUCUGGACUAGAGCCUGUCUGUGUCUACAAGGAUGUGUUGCAGGAGGAGUAACACCGAUCGAAAUCGAGGCUUCCGUCGUGGUUACUUGGCCUUUGGCCCUUGGCAUUUGAACCGCAACCGCAACUGCCUUGUUUGUCGGACUCUGGCUGAUCCAGGGCAAAGGCAGGAAGGAGCAAGAGCAAUCUGAUAUGUGUCCUGGCUGCGACACUCAUCCUCUCCAUCCUCUCUAUCAAUUUCUCACACAGAGCUCAACCGUUCAUGCCUACCUGCCUGCUCCUCUCCCAACGCACUCCAUGGCCUAUAUGUGGCCGUGAACAACACACGUCAAUAUCGUCAGUUGACGGCUUCAAGCCCUGCUAUCUAGGGCCACAGCUAUGUAUGCCCUUUACUCUAGUUCAGACUAGAAUCACAAUCAAAAACUCCAUCAAAAACUCUCCCCAACAA